AUAAAAAAUCUCGAUUUAUCAUCCCUCUCGCCAUCAGAAUCAGAAAAAAAAAAAAGAAGACAUGUCGCAAAAGUCAUAACUAUCCUCCAUCCGCAACAGCUGCAGCACCAUCACCACCGGCAGCAGCCACGGCCAGCGGCGUUUGCUCUUUACUGUCUGCAUCAUAAUCAAAACCUCCAAAGUGAGAAACCGAUCUGAAAAAUAAAAAAUGCCAACCCUAAUAUACCAAAUAUUCUCUGCCUCAGCUCUCAUCUCUCUGGGUGUCUACCAUCUCACCUCCACCAUCCGCAACUUCCUCAAAUCCCCUCAGUCUUUCUCCGCCAGGCCCCAUCACCCGCUUCCGUCCUCCUCCGCGCGUCUCAAACACCUCCACCUCUACAUCCUCCUCCUCUGUCUCCUCAUCGCCUUCGCUCACCAAAUCUUAAUUUCCUCCGACUUCGAUCCUCUCCUCAAAGGCCACACCCCUGUCCACCGCUUCACCUCCCUUCAAUCUGCCGCGCUGCUAUUCCUCUUUGUUAUCGUCUCUGUUGCUCUUCUUCUCUCUGAAUCUACUUCUCUUCUUCCUCUCCCUCCCGAUCUAUUCUUCGCUCUCGGUUCUGCUCUCUUCUUCUUGCAAUACUCCGUCUCUUCCUCUGCUGCUUCCGUUCAGACCUCUGAUCUCCAAGCCAAAUGCGACUCUGUUUCUGCUCAAAUUUCUGCUGUCGUUGCUUUCCUCUGCUUGAUUCUUGCCUUCCAGCCAAGGAUGUUUAUUGCUGAUGCUGGAUUGGCUGGCGCCAUUUGCUUACAGGGGCUUUGGGUUCUUCAGACUGGGCUUUCGCUUUAUGUCGAAGUGUUUAUUCCUGAGGGUUGUCAUUGGUUGCUUGAAAUGGUCAGGGGCGUUGAGGGUUCAACAAAGUGUGAUCUGGAGGAGUCUAGGUUGAGGGCGGUAGCUAUUUUGAAUCUGUUGUUUGUGGUUCAUGUCACGUUUGUGGUUCUCAUUGUUAUGGUUACAUACGCUGUUAUGGCUAGGACUAUUGGGAUCAGAAGAUUGGGGUCAUACGAGGCUUUGCCUACUACUGCUUCUGAUUCUAAUCAUAUUCAGAUGAAGGCCUUCACUGGCACCCAGGCUUGAAUUUUUGGACUUAGGUGAAUAGAGCACGAGCAUUUUAUGAAUUAAUUGUUGGGACAGUCUUCUCCUGCCACCGUUGAGACGAGCCCUCUUUUAUCUGCAGAAGUCUACAGCUAAUGGAGUUCUGCAAGAUCUUAAAACCAUUUCCUUAGAUGCUGCGAGGGUUAAUUUAUCCGUGAGUUCUAAUAGAACAACUCAUAACUUAAAUCUCAUUUUAAUGAGAAGCCAUUCAGUAUUCAACGUUUUACUCUGUCAAUAAAAUUGUCAUUUUAAUAAAAUUUACUAUUAAAUUAUAA